AUGUCGCCCCCCUUCUCCCCCUCACUUCAUCUGCUGGCAGCGUGCGUGCUGGCGCUGCUGGCAGCAGCAGUGGCCAACGCAGGGGGCGUGGGGGGAGGCGGUCUCUUCGUGCCGCUUUUCAACCUGCUGCUAGGAUACGACGCCAAGUCCGCCACUGCCCUCUCCAAAGGUACCACCACAGCCAUCAUCAACCCUCUUCGUUCAACCCCGUCACCCCUCCCUAUACCCCUGUCCCUCCCCUCUCUCCACCCCCCCGGCCCCAUCUAUCCCCCACCCUCCCUCUCCCCACCCAACCUCCCAAUCCCCCUCCGCAUGUUCGGUCAUUUUGUUGGCCCCCAUUCUCUCCUCCAUACCCCACCCGCCAACCUCCCUUUUGUCUUGCUGUAUCUUCUCCCUCCCUACCCAAAACUCUCCCCAGCAAACCACGCCUUGACCCCAACUCGCUCUCGUCCAUCCCCUUUCCUCCCUGCGCUUGUGCUGUUUUUCCCUUCCAGCUAUUCCCCAUCUCCUCCCACUCCCCGCCUCCUCCCAAUACACCCCCAAUACCCAUCUCCUCCCAAUACCCAUUUCCUCCAAUACCCUUUUUCUGGCAGCCAUGAUCAUGGAUGCACACACACCCGCACGGACCCAUUCCCUCGGGCCCCCCCUCUCUCUCUUGCUCUCCCUCCCUCCGCCUUUUUCGUUCUCGUCGCCUCCUCCCCCACCCGCUUUCCUCUCCCCCUUCCAUCCACUCCCUCCCUCCUCCCCCCUUCCUCCUCCCCACUCCCUUCUCCCCCCUCCCUCCUCCCUCCACCCUCCACCCUCCUCCCCUUUCCCUUCUCCCCCAUCCCUCCUCCCCCCUCGCUCCUCUCCGCCCAUACACCUGUCACCACCAGGGGUGGCACGGUUGAUGCAGCCCAUGCUACUACUGGGCAUCAGCAUGGGCAUCACAUGCAACGUUGCAUGGCAGGGAAGGCGGCGCAGAGGGCAGUGGCAAUGAUGGUGACAGAGGCGCACAUGGCAGCAGUGUGCCUGCACGGCUCAUACGGCGCGCACCACACCACACCCCUCUCUCUCACCAUUCCCUGGCUGCUGGAGGCCCCAUCGUCUAUGGCCCAUCCUAGCCUGUCAGCAGCACCGCCAGGUGCACUGAUAGCAACUCACACGCUUCACCAACAACCACUGCCCAGUCAUGCCAAAGCCACACAGUCGUUCUGGUGGCCUGUGCUGGUAAGAGCAGCGUGCGCAUCUCAGCACCUUGGAGUCAGUGCCAAGGCUCGGGAGGAGAAGGAGCAGGAGGAGAGCCACGAGCCUCUGCUCUCAGCAUCACCAGCAGCAGCACUCGAAGCAGUGGCAUCCGUACCACCUGUCUCACCAGUACCACCAGCGCCACCAGCGUCAGCAGCAGCAGCACUGCAAGAACCAUCAGAGCGAGGGCCUGCAGCAGCAACACCAGCGGCAGCACCAGCAAUACGAGCACCGGGAGCAACAUCAGACGCAGCACAGUCAGGCCAGCAGCAUGCCGGUUCAGCUGUCACAACCACUGCUGGCAGCUUUGACAGUGGCGGCAGCGAUUGCAGUGGUGACAGCAGGGGAUGGUGGGAGCAGAAGCGUGUAUCAGGAGGGUGUGCUGUGCCACUGGAGUCCCCUGUCAGCGACGCCUGCUGCUCUGGGGUAGACCAACAACCUGGUGGUUGCUGUGUGCAUGCAGGCACAUGCUGCUGCCAUGCUGCGUGUGAGGAGGGGUACGCAGGGAGUGCUGAUUACGGAGGUGGGGAGUCCGAAACGGGCAAGGGCAAGCGCCACCGCACAUGGUCUGCAGGGCAUGUCUUGAAACCCUUUGUUUUCCGCUUUGCCUGUGGCGCCACCGCACGCCUGUCGGCCUGUGAUGUGGAGUGUGUGUGGGAGAUGGUAGCGGUGUGGUCUGCCUUUGUGGCGCUGCAAGUGGCCAAGACUCGCGUCGCUGCAUGCUCCGCUGUGUACUGGCUGCUAGACUUGCUCCAGCUUCCAGUCGCCCUGGUAGCCACAGCAGCAGUUUCUGCACGGAGGGACUUCGCCCCUUCCCUUCCUCACUCCCACUCCCACUGCCACCAGCAUCAUAGCACCCCUCCCUUACACACAACCUAUGCCCAUGAGCACCACCAACCCACUCCCACCUCCUGCUCCCCUUGCCAACCCUCCACAAACGCACCCACUCCCUCUCCUGCCUCCUCCCCCGUUUCUCCACUCCUCACAUCCCUCUCAACCCCUGGAUACUCCACCUUCCAUUCCCCACCGCCAUAUCCUCCUCACAUGCAAGCCGCCUGGAGCCAUGGCAGCAGCAUCGCCCACACCGCUUACACCCACACUCGCAGCAACAGCAGCGGCAGCAGCAGCAGCGUGUGGGGGGCAGGGGCCGGAGCGUGGGGGAGGGAGGUCUGGGUGUAUCCGCUGUCAGCGCUGCUCGCAGGGUGCAUGGGAGGCCUGCUGGGAGUGGGUGGAGGCAUGGUCAUGGGACCCGUGCUGCUGGAACUAGGCAUGCUGCCGCAGGUUUCCUCUGCUACAUCCUCAUUCAUAGUGCUCUUCUCCUCCUCCCUCUCAGUCCUCGAGUUCUACCUACUCGGUCGCAUCCCCAUCCCACCGGCGCUCCUCUUCUCUCUCAUAGCAGCGCUAGCAGCCCUGCUAGGCCUGUCCACCAUCCGAGCCCUGGUGGUGCGCUCCGGCCGCACGUCUCUCAUCGUGCUCUUCCUCUCGCUUGUGAUAGCAGCCAGUGCCGUGCUGCUAGGGGCGCUAGGGGUCAUGAGAAUACGCAGCGACUGGGAGUCGGGUGCACCGAUGGGCUUCAGACCGUUCUGUGGUGAAACCUGGUGA